AUCAGUAUGAGUAACUUUGGUCACGCCUUAAAAUGGGUCAAUUGUUUAUAUUUAUAAAUUAAAACCGUUAUUGAUACAUUUUUUUUCUACAGAAAUAACAUCGAGCUAGGGUUACCUAUAUCUACGUUUGGCUAUAUAAAUUAUCAUGUCAAUGAACAAACAUCAAUCACGUAGGCUACACGCUGUCGUGUGUGCAAGUUACGAAGUAGGUUACUCUGUGAAUGCGGUGCACGAACCAGACGCACGGAGUCUGCUUCGGUAUCAGUCCUCAGUUCUUCGCGAUUGUUGGACGUAUUAGCGCGCGUUCAAAAAUCGAAAUAAACUGAUAAUCGAGUAUCUGUUUUGGUUUUGUGUUGGAAAUAAAUAAGAGAAAAUGCCGGAUCAAGAAAUAAUGCAAUGUGUGGACUUGGUCACAAUCAAAGACUGGCUCUCCAAACAACCCCAUCUUCCCCAUGAUGUUGAUGACAUUCUACUGCUACGUUUCCUGACGAGUUGCAAGUUCAGUUUGGAGCGAACGAAGCGCACCAUCGAUUUCUUCUUCACCAUCCGCCACAACGCGCCGGAGCUGUUCUGCAAGAGAGACCCCUGGGCGCCGGAGAUCAGGCGUGUUUUUGAGAUUACGGACAUGUUACCGCUACCAAACAAAACAAAGGAGAACUAUAAAGUAUUUAUCUAUCGGCUAAAGAGUCCUGAACUAGACCUGUUUAACUUCGUGGAUGCAGUGAAGACGUUCUUCAUGCUGGCUGACACGAGACUCACGGAAGACCCAGAUGUACCUUCAGGAGAAAUACCAAUAUUUGACUCAGCGAAUGUUACCCUCAAGUUCAUAUCGAAAAUCAAUCUAUCAGCAUUGAGAAAAUACAUGAUUUACACGCAGGAAGCGAUGCCGAUCCGACUAAAGCAGGUACACGUGAUCAACGCGCCCUCGUACAUCGGUAAACUGCACGCGAUCUGCAAGCCGUUCCUCAAGACAGAAGUCGCCAAGUUGAUUAAAUUCCACGAGCCAAACUCCGAUACAUUAUACAAAGACAUACCACAGGAAAUAUUGCCCAACGAAUACGGAGGCACGGCUGGCCCCGUCGAACAAAUCAAGAGAGAGUGGAUAAAGAAGAUGGAAUCCAAGAGGGAUUGGUUCUUGACAAAUGACAAGCGAUGGGCCGUGGAUGACUCUCUCCGACCGCUCAACUCCAAAGACGACAGGGUGGACAAAGUCAAAGAACUGCCUGGAUCCUUCAGGUCUUUAGCUCUGGAUUGAUAGUCCCUUUGCGUUUUGUAUUUAUUUUUUUUUUUUUAUUUUUUAAUUACUUUUUAUAAUGAACGUACCCAGCUUUUGUCAUAGGAGGGUCGAAUCAGGAUUUUCUUGUGGGUAGGCCUAAUAAUUUGACAACCGUCCAUGUAAACACAUUUAACUAGCUCAUAGAUCUGACUCCAGACUAAAAUACAAUUGAUGCUUUGGAUCUACGACUAAAUUCCUUUGUCACAAAAAAUGCAUUGUAAGGAAAUCUUGGUCGUAUAAAUCCCACAUUUGAACAAAUAUUUGUAAAUUGUAAUAAUAUGAAUUGUCUCGAUCCAGGAAUCGCAUCUAGAGUCUUACUAAACUAAUCGCUCGACGCGCUUCAAAGACUUUCGAACGUAAAUGUAUUUCAAGUUACCAUUUUGCAAGUUGAUGUUUAACAAUGUAUAAAAUAUUUUUAGUACAAAGCAUAUUAUGUAAGGCCUUAUUCCGUCUACGGGGGUAUAUUCGUCUGUUAACAAUCACGGGCUUCCUAAUCCAAGGACAGCUUUGAUGGUAGUAUACAUAAAUCGGUAACUGUCUCAGUGGCGUAGUUGUAAUUGUACACGGUACGAGUAUGACUACCGCGCUGAGCUCCUGGCUCCGAAUCCCAGGUCGGGCCAAAAUAAUUAUGACUGGGAUUUUCCAUCUUAAAAAUUACUCAGUCGCAGCUCGGUGUCAGAGAGUUGGCGGUGUGAUAUCCUCGUGCCUCGGAAAGCACGUAAAGCCGUUGGUCCUACGCCUGAUCUCUCUCUGGUCAUGUCGGAAUGCCGUCUCACCGGACUAUUAGAGUGAACAAACAGAGAAUGCGCCUGUGUAUUGUUCACACAGUUGUCAACUAUAUCUCCUGCGUACUCGGCUGAUCUCCGUUGAGAUUGGCCGCCGUGGCCGAAAAUCGUUUAUGAAUCACCAGCACAUAAAUCGGUGAUUUUUUUACUCUUACCUAUACAGCUAUAGACGCUGUCCUUUGAAUGAAACGACCGUAAUUGCAAAAAGACGAAUUGGCCCUAUAGACGGAAUAGGGCCCGCUGACCUUAUUGACAAUUUGUUGGUAAAUAAGGUCAAUAUUUUACGACUGUUAUUGUUUCAGUCAUAAAAAGAUCGAUAAAUUGUUUUUAAACUUAUUGAAAUUAGCUUCGAAAACUGGAAUAUUUUUUUUCAUAAAAAAACAUAGUGUGAUACCGAAGUUAUGCAGUUAUUGAAAUUCUAAAUACUUUUUAGGGGCGUUUUUUAAUUAUUAUUUAAGACAUAAUCAUAUAAAUUAUAACCUGACUAGUUUAAGAAUGAAACAUUUUUUUACUCCUAUUUAAUUUUUUAUCUCCUGAAUUCAUAUCUUUUAUCUAAUAAUUAAAAAUCAGCCCUAAUUAAUAUUUGUUAAAGGUUUUUGUGCCUUAUUUAAUGUGAUAUAUUACCUUUUUAAAUAUACUGAUAAGGGAAUA